AUCAAUCGGAUGUGAUCGGAUUGUUCGUUUCGACAGCACUCAAACGGACUGGACAGUUAAACGCUGUCCAGGGUGCUGAAAUAUUUUCGAUACGCUAUUGGCUUCGUUAGGAUGCGACUGUGUGCUGUUUAAUAACGUGUUCGUGUGCUUAAUUUAUCAUUUACUUCGAGUAAGGAAUGACUCGUCAUACGAACUGUGAACAAUUAUGUUAUUAUAUUUAUAUAUAUCAAGGCCAGGUGAUCAUAUAUCGAUUCACGGCGUUGUCGAGAAGAAAUUGAAACACAUGACUGCACCGUCUCACGUGACGGACUAUUGAAGCAAAAGGGAGGAUGAUCAUUAAAACCUCCCUCCACGACAUUUUGUAUGGGCUCAGGCAGACCAUUUCCAAGGAUACCGCUGGUGGAGGGGAGUCAGUCGAAAACAUGGAUUGAAUGUAUUACACGCAUUGAGAGGAAAUGCGUUUCGCUCACUGACACUAAACAGGAGCAUCACGAUGUCAAUCUGAGGAGAGAUUAAAGAAGAACGAUGGUCUAUGCUCAGACGACGGACAACGUCAAGGCCUCCCUCCUCUCCACGCUGUUCACUCUCCCCGUCUACCCCAACUCCAGCGAGAACUCCACCCUCCCCGCCGGCUCGCCCACGCCGGCCGACUGCAGCCAGGAUGGCUCCUCCCCCGGCCCCGCCCCGCUCCAGCGCAACGCCUCGCUCCCGUCCUACGAGCUGGCCCCGGCGGAGAUGGUCACCCUCAGCCUGGUCCUGGGGGCGCUGUGGCUGGUCUCCGUCUUCGGCAACGCCCUGGUCUGCCUGGUCAUCCACCGCAGCCGCCGCACGCAGUCCACCACCAACUACUUCGUGGUGUCCAUGGCGUGCGCGGACCUGCUGCUCAGCCUGGCCUGGGCGCCCUUCGCCCUGCUGCAGGUGGCGUCGGGCCAGUGGCCCCUCAGCGGCUCGGCCUGCCGCGCGGUGCGCUAUGUCCAGCACCUGGCGCCCGGCGUGCAGGUGUACGUGCUGCUCUCCAUCUGCGUGGACCGCUUCUACACCAUCGUCUACCCGCUCAGCUUCAAGGUGUCCCGCGAGAAGGCCAAGCGCAUGAUCGCCGCCUCCUGGGUGCUGGACGCGGCCUUCGUCUCGCCCUGCCUCUUCUUCUACGGCUCCGGCCCCGCGGGCCACUGCGGCUUCUUCCUGCCGGACACCUGGGACGGCGUGGCGUACGGCAUCGCCCACCUGGUGCUGGGCUUCCUCUUCCCCACCGUGCUCAUCGUGCUCUUCUACCAGCGGGUGGUCAAGUACAUCUGGAGGAUCGGCACCGACGGGCGCACCGUGCGGCGGACCAUGAACAUCGUGCCCAGGACUAAGGUCAAAACCAUCAAGAUGUUCCUGGCGCUCAACGCCGUGUUCCUCCUGGCCUGGGCGCCCUUCUACGUGGCGCAGCUCUGGCACCCCGGCGACGCCGGCGGGUCCCGGCGGGAGGCGCUGCUCUUCGCCGCCGUCACCUGGAUCUCCUUCGGCUCGGCGGCGUCCAAGCCCACGCUCUACUCCAUCCACAACGCCAACUUCCGCCGCGGCAUGCGGGAGACCUUCUGCAUGUCCUCCAUGAAGUGCUACCGCAGCAACGCCUACACCAUCACCACCAGCUCUCGCAUGGCCAAAAAGAACUACGUGGGGAUCGUGGAGAUCCCCGCCCCGGCCAAGACCACCGUCACCAAAGAGUCCAUCUAUGACACCUUCGACCGCGAGGCCAAGGAGAAGAAGCUGGCCUGGCCCAUCAACACCAACCCGCCAAACACAUUUGUGUAAAAUAAAAAAUAAAAAAACCUUCUUUCAAACAGGAAGCAGAACCUUCUUUCAAACAGGAAGCAGAACACGUUAGGCGUCACAUGACGACCGAAGCUUUACCGACUGCACUGUCAGCCUUCUCUACUCGACGGGACGCUACGGACGUUCCGUCGUUUCGCAGCGUGCGCCAGGUCGCUCGUCCGCCGGGAAUCGGCCUGAAUAAAAAACCAGAGGCCGAGCGUGUCCGGAACGUCAACUGUCUUGAAUCUCAGCUGUAAACUCAGAAAACAAAGGGACCUCGGGGUCUGGGUUCACGCUGGUGUACAUGAAUUUCAAAAUCACAGUCUGUUAAAUUAUGCUUGUGAGUCCUAUAAGUCAUGUUGAAUUGAAAGCAAUCAUCAUAAAUAGUUAAGUGUUAUGUGUAACCGCACCAUGUGACUCACAAAGUGGGUGGAGCUUUCUUACGUCUGACUGCACCUUUAGUGCAGAUCUGAUAGGGUGGGGGGAGGGGAAUACCAGAGGUCCUGGUUCAAAGACCGCAGGGAUGACCGAUCAUUAGGAUUGCGAUGUUGUUUGUAUUGUUAUCAUUUCAUAGUUAUUGCAGGGCAACGGUAGCUGUUCAUUGAAAAGUAGCUUGACUCAUGCGUGAAGGGACCGAUAUUCUUUGGUGGAUAACACUGAAAGUUGUAAACUAGGGUGCCAUCUUGAGGCCUUUAAAUGUGCAAGCCUAGCAGUCAGGAGAGGGGCUGAAUCAGUUGCUCCAGAGAGCUACGAUUUGCCCAUAUCGUCUUCAAGCUGGGCAUGCUCAGUGCGAACACGAUCUCUUUCCUGUGUUAUACCACAGCACAAUGUGUCUUAGUCUCACUACGUUACAGUGCAACAUUGGUCCCUGUAUUGUGGAGCCUAGAAUGUUUAUUUGGAAAAAGUACAAGCUUGUGGACAUUCACGUGUGAUUCACAUAUAACCCCAAUGGGUAUGUGUGGGACAGCCGAGACAAGCAACAAGCAAUCUUUCCUAAACUAAAUACACGGCAGGUGUAACCAUGUUUUCGUUUUUUUUAUUUUUUAUACUUGUCUGACCACAAUAAAUCGUCAUGGUGAUCCUGCGUGUGACAGUCUACUGUGAGCCCAAAGACGUGACCGAAACUGUAAAACCCACCUGCGGUUGCAUCAGCUUCUUACUGUUGAGACGUCGUCUUCUUGUGCCGUUCGCCCCUCGCUCUGUACUUCACCAAACUGCCAUACUGUGGUCUGCUGUCAGUGAAACGCGCUUCGUUCCCUCCAUCCUUCAGCCAGCGGCGUCACAUCGCCAGAUGUUCUUCACUGGUAUAAAAAAAAGAAUAAAGAACUUUAUUAUGCAUCCA